CAAAAGUAUUUCAUUUCACAAGUUCAAAGUCUGCCCUGUAAACUUGCCGGUUUUCCAGCAUUCUUUCAUUCUCUUUCUCUCUGGCGGGGACUGUUUUGCAACCAAAUCUAGAUGACAUGUUCUGUAGAGUGGUGGUGGAGGCAGGCAUGGUUGAAAGUUGAAGGAUGAAGAUGAGCUUCAAUGUGAAGAACCCAACUGAUAAUAAUAGUAGUAGUGUUGGUUCAAUGCAUAGAUGGCGACGGAACAAGUACCUGGCUCUGUUGGAACCAGUGCCAGUUUCUCUUUGAGAUUAGGCCAGACCAUCUUCUCUUCUGCUUCUCUUCUCUUCAUGUCUUUAGGUGUUGAGUUCUAUAGCUAUACUUCUUUCUGCUAUUUGGUAACAAUAAUGGGUUUGGUCAUUCCCUGGAGUUUUACUUUGGCGAUUGUAGAUGGAUACUCUGUGCUGAUGAAACGCCCCGUUCGACAAGCCGGGAUUCUCCUGAUAAUUGUUGCUGGAGAUUGGGUUUUAUCAAUUCUUACACUAGCUGCAGCAUGCUCAACAGCUAGUGUUGUUGAUCUCCUACUUCAAGCCGAUGGUGCUUAUUGCCCUCCAGAGUUUUGCAGUAGAUAUCAAAUAUCUGCUGCCAUGGCCUUCUUGACUUGGUUUCUUUCUUCGGCUUCGUCUCUUUUCAAUCUUUGGUUAAUCCCAUCUUUGUGAUUCUGAUAGUCUAUCUCAAAAGUUCAGAAUGGUGGUUCCGUUCAUAUAUUAGUAGCCUUCAAAGUUUCAUAAUCAUCAAUGAUACAGUUGCAAAGUUGUACACAAGAAGUAGUUUCUGGAAAGCGGAAUUGUUUCACCCCUGUAACGAUAAAAACAGAUGCAGUUCAAGUACCAAUACAAGAAAAUUCUGCUAAAAUUUUUUCA